UGUCACAAGUAGCCGUUCAUUCUGUGACUUUUCUGGAUUGGCUUAAAGCAACGCUAUCCCCGUUAUUUAGUUAUUGCGCGGUUGACGCCUUGCGUUACAAGUGAUACGGUAUGCCGAGCUUGCCCCGAAGACCCUAAGAGUAGUACAUUUCGGUUCAUAUCGCUGGAUCAGGCGAGUGUUUAUCCUUUACCGUCGAGAACUCGGUCGAAGAAUUUCCGGCUGGGCUCGAACACAGAGUAUGUGAACCACACUACACAAAUAUUAUGUUUACCUUGGAGAAAAAACUACAAGCUACUACUACUACUACUGGUCACCGAAGAAUUUGAAUUGGAUCCCGGAGGGCAAUUAGCGCAGCCAGCGAUCACACAAUGAGUGAAAUUCGUAAAUCAGAAGGAUUCACCUUGUUGGUUCUCGAGGUUUUAAUAAUCAUGCUAAAUACUCUAGCAAUUAUUGUGAUUGUCCGCUUCAAACAGAAAUACAAUCCAGAUAUUUUGAUUUUCACAUUGGCCGUUGCAGAUCUACUAAAGGCGCUCAUUCCACUGAACAUGACUCUAGUAGCAUAUUUGAGGGGCAACGAAAUGAAGGAAGGAUCGCCGUCGUGUAUGAUCUUUGGUUGGACAGCUUUCACGCUAAACUGUGGAAUAAUGCUCGUGAUGACAAUAAUGGCUAUUGAUAGAUAUGUUGCGAUGUGUAUGCCUUUUAGGUAUAAGGAAUAUCUCCCGAAAAAACGACUUAUUUACAUAAUCAUUGGAGUCUUCUUCUUCAGUGGAGCCCACUCCAUGUUGCCUUUGACAGGGAUCGGUAAAAUGAGGUCCUAUAGCAACGGCAGCUUUUGCCAUUUUGACUUCGAUUCCACGAGACCUGCUAGUAUGGGUUACAGUAUCUUUAUUCUGGCCCUCGGAUUUUCGAUGCUAGCUGUAGUGAUAUUUUGCUACACACGUGUCAUGUAUAGCGUCAAAGGAUUAAUGCGUCGCCAACGUCGAAUGUCCACAUCCACACAUGACAUAGACGGUUCAGACAAGAAAAGACAACAGAUGAACCGAAUGUUCGCUCGUCUUAUGAUUGUUAUGAUGGUGGCCUUCUGUGUAUCGUGGCUUCUCUUCUUGGUAAGUUUGUAUAUGACUGUGUAUUUUUUUAACCUUUGAUUAACAUCCUUAGCUAUCAUGUGAUGUGGACCGUUUUCAAGGAACCUUCCCGAUUUAGGCUAUUGUUAUGGAUGUAUUCUUCACGAUGAAAGCAGUUUUCAAAGCAAUGUUUAGUAUUUUCUGAGUUUCUCCAGAGUGAAAUCGUUAUUAGGGUUUCGUUGGGUUUUGCAAUGUUUAUCAAUUGAUCCUUUAAGUUUUAGAAAUCAAACGAAUAUGACACGACAUCUUUCGAUUGUUGGUGCAAUCAUUCACUUUCUGUAUGUCUCGAAACCGUUCGUCGAUGAAGUUCUUCGUAAACCUGCUCAGGCAAAAUAUACUUCCUUUUGUAUCUUCAUUUUAUAUCCCCACAUGUGCAAACUGAACUCCUAGGCCUAGUUCUAUUAUCAUAAAUGAAAUCGUUGACGACGGGGAUUCUGAGAAUAUGCAUGGCAACAAGCAAGUUCUUCGACUGACUAGACAAAUACAGCUAACUGCUAUAAAUAAAAUAGAAUAGUUCGCAUGCUAUUAUUUUCCGUAUGUGGCCUAACGCCAAUAUGUAUAGAAAACGAAAAAGCGAGAUCCAAACUAAAUACGCUUGAUUAUUGUUGAAAAGAGCAACCGAAAAUCAUAAUAAUGUCAGAAAGGCUAUUGAAGCUGAAGUUUUAUGCGCAAAACCUGACAGAGACCUUAAUGUAACCUGAACAGCCUUCGCAUCUUUUGCAUUGCAAAUAUUUUUCUUACUCGCUGCUCUGUAAUAAGUACCCUGAUUGGUUCCUGUUGUUUUAAUGUUUUUCCUUUCAUUUCUUAAUGGUGUUAAAAUAAAUCGACCAUUUUAGCUGACAGUUGGUGACCUGUAAAAGACGCUAAGCUGAACUUCGCCCAGAAUAUUGCGUGUUGAAGGUUGAGGUCCAUUCAAUAGUCUCAUUUGUCGCGUGUUUCUCAGUCUUCUUCGCUAAGCGACUAUUGGUAAAUUGUGACAGUUGGAAAAUUGGCUCGACAUCAAGCCGAUCUUUGCUCAGAAAAUUGCGUGAGAAAGGUCGAGUUCCAUUAAUUGUCUCAUUUGUCUCAUGUUUCAAUUGUUAUGACAGAAAACAGAUCUUCCUUCCGUAUUGUGUUAAAUGAUACACAGUUUGCAUUCCCUCCGUUUUGAAUAAAAGCGUUAUCAAAGGAACGCUGUGGUUUCUGCUUUCCUGAUAACCCAAAGAAGAUGCUCUGUAGUAAAUGAAUGUAUAUCCUAGAUGUUUAAUCUGAUAUGGAGAGUAACGUAAACCAAUUUAAGAAUCCUUGGUAUUUUAACAAACACGGGUGAAAGGGCCCGCACGUCCGGAACUUGUCCCACUUUGCAUUGUAUGAAGCAUUAGAAUAAUUUAGUGCUGUUUACCCCCAGCACUUUUUCAGUUUUACCCUACAGGCCGCCAGUGCCUAUCUGUAGUCCUAGGUAUGAUGAGGCCUUGUUAGAGUAAAGUGUCUUACUGAUAAACACAGCACAGUGACCUAGCCGAGGAUCGAUCAGAACUGGAUACUUCGAUCCAGUUCGGUAAACAUCGGGCCAACCUGCCUGAACAGUAUCUUCAAGGUUUUCUCAUAUUUUGACUUACGUUUUACCUUCAACGAUUUGAUUCCAUAUCAUUUUCUGAAAAGCAAUGUUCUUAGACAAAGACGGGAAAUAAAUUGAACUUGACUUAGACAUUUGAAAACCAUCGUCUAAAAUUAAUUCUGGAAUCAUUAAACCCCAUUCUAUUUCAAUUUGUCCUAUCCUAAUGAUACCCACGAACACUUUUAAAAUAGCGCUAGAUAGAAAGAUGAAACUCCUCCCAUCUGCGAGAUUGUUAGAUAAAGUUGUGUCAAAACUUGGAUUGUCCGCUUUUGGGAAAAUUAUUAAACUAUACUUUGUAACAAUAGGAUUUUUAGUGAUUUUUAGUUAUCGAGUUCCUUCAUGCUUACGCUCAAAAAAAAUACAAUAUUCCACAUAGAAAACUUAGUUCAGCAAAGCGUAAACGCUACCAGUUCUCCUUCAGUCACCCGUAAACAGUUGUUGUUAGUGUUAAACUGUAACAGCCACCUGUCAUGUCUUUUUGUGUAACUGUUAUCCACCGGAACUCUUUAAAAGUAAUUAAUGUUGCAAAAGGCGAAAUUCCUACUUAGCCAAUAGUUUAGUAGAUUACAUGAUCCUUUAGAUUAUUCAUGGCAUUACGUUAUCCAUGUACGUUAGGUUUAAAUAGGACUGUUCUGUAAAGCUUAGCGGUUGGAGAAGUAAGAAGAGAAGAAGAAAAGAGAAGGAAGUAGAACGGGGUCGAACCAGCUCUGGCCAGGUCUGUUCUGGUCAAAAUUGUAGUCGAGCUUGCAGAAUAAAUCUACGUUGGAGCCAACCCUGUUGUCGUUAGUCAUUCUCUCAAGGAUAGUCAGCAGCCGUAAUAGAUUCCGGUUACCUUCCCGCAGCCAGCGAGUGCCCCCAAGGAAAGGCUUUACCCAGAAAGAGUUUUUAAGAGUUGUCCCCGUCCGUCCGUUCAUUUGUGAAGGCAAAAAACCUGUUUUCACAACUUUACAAAAACAAAUAACAGGGGAUUUCAGUAAAAGUUUAUUCAAAAUUAUGAUUGAUACUUCCUUGUUUUCGCGUUAAGGGGAUUGCUGCCGCAAUGUUUGGAUUAAGUGAACUUUUGACUAGAUGUUGCUUGGAAUAGUUUGGAAAUAAGUCAACACAGAGAUUCUUGAGCUCAUUUAAAACUAACAGAGAGCCUAAAAGGGGCUAUGUAAUUGCGUCCUCUAUGAGCAUCUCCUAAGCAAAAACUAACAGAGAGCCUUAAAGGGGCUAUGUAAUCGCGUCCUCUAUGAGCAUCUCCUACGCAAAACCACUGGUAAAACAAAUAAAGUGAGCGCAAAUACUACUACAUGUACCUUUAGUUAAGGGAGUGGUUAUUCAUGCAUGAAUUUGAUGAGCAAAUUUCGAAUUUCAUAUAAUGUGAAAAUGUUUAUUAUAUUUUAAGCGGUCGUUUUGAUUGAACAUCGUAAGGGCUUCAUGGAAAAGUGAUCAUCUUUUUCUUAUCAGAUCGUCGUUCUUCAACACGUGAGCGGCUGGUUUGAAAUCCCUCCUUUGGCACACUUCUGGUCGAUGCGGUUAGCUGUUUUAAACUCUGUUUUAAACCCAAUCAUUGGUGCAGCUAUGUGCAAGCCGUACAGGAGAGGAUACUUGUUUAUUAUAUGCACAUGUCUUGGCUGCUGCUGCAGUUUUCGCUAUAACAUGAAAGGUAUGCCAAAUACAAUGCACACCCACUUCCAGCUGGGGAAACGUCAACUACGAUUUUGUGUUUGGCCUUAGUGUUGUAUAUGAAGGUUUAGGUAUCUUAAGAUGGUAACUUGGAAAAACAAGCAAGGAAGAACACAAAACAAAACAGAGAUAGUGUAAUAAGCCGAUACAUUCAAAGCUAACCCUGCUUUCCGUCAUCGGGAAUUCAGUGUUUGUCACCGUUUGCCCUGCGAGUAAGUCUCGUUUCCAAAGUCUUAUGAAACUGUCAUCCUCUGAUGCUAAGUAGAAAUUAUGAAAAUUCUUUAGCCUCCCAGCGGUGUAGAUUUCGUAGGAGUGACACAACAACCUGGCAAUCUCGAUGAAAAUCAAACUCUCGGAAAUCAAAAAAUCAAAGUUCUAUUAUUUCACUGAUGAUGUUGAUGGUGGUGCCUCCUUUCAUAACUAGGAGAAGUUUGUCACCUCAUGCAAACAUCUUAAAGACCUGUAGAGACACCUCUUGUUGAAUAAUGGAUUGGUUUAUAGCGGAGCUCGCAGAGUGUAGCCCCAUAAUUGUACAAAAUAGUAGUAAGCCAUCAAGCCGAAAAAAUUUGGAUGUACGACCGUACGACCGUACAAGGCGCUACUUUUAACAAGCGUGGUCAAUUGUACCGCGACGCCACGGCUUUGUCCAGUAGUCCUGUGGUCAGUGCACUGGGCUCCGAGUCGGACGACCCGGGUUCUAGUCCUGGCCGGGGCAAGGCGUUGUGCUCUUGAGACGUGCGGGAAAAAAAAAUGCGAGCUCCGCUUUUAAGCUUGGUUAAAUCUAUAUAUUACACGUGAACGUUUAAACCACCCCUACUUGUGGCGUGACACCAUCGUAAGUGGACAACCAUUUUUAUCGCUGUCAUCACACAAUCGUAGUUUACCACCUGCAGGCAAAACUCCUCUUUACGUCCAUACACGUGACCAGCCCCACAGACCAACAAGGUUUUCGAUUAUGAGAUCUGCAAUUUUAAUUUUUUAUCAUAUUUUCCCUAUCUCAAUAUUUUCAGAUCCAUGGAAACACACCAGAAGAUUGUCCACUUGCUCACGGACCAGCUAUGUAGGAGAUAAAAAUAAACCAGGUAAAAGCCCGACCGAGAGCGACAAAAUCAGGAACGUGCCCUCUUUUACCAGCUAUAAUGAUUCUGGAAUUGAUCCUGACAGCAAUGAAUACGAAGGGAGCUUCGGGUAUCAACAGGCUGAAAUUGUGAAUACUACUUGUGAACUGGAUAAUACUCCUGCCACACGUCAUGCCAAAAAACGGCCCAGACUCACCCAGAAGCGCAUCUCUUUCAAAGAUGAGGUGGAGUUGGAAAAAUUAGCAGAACUGGCCCUUGGGGAAACCGAGGCGCAGAAUGAUACCGUGGGAACAUCCGACUCACAACAGUUCUCAAUGGCAUCUUCAGUUGAUGUUCAAAGAAAUCUAGUUAUCACCAGAUCUAAUGAUAACUACAAAGGUAAUAGGACUGAAAGGGGCCUCAAAAAUACCUCUGAUGAAACCCAUCUAAUUGCAGUGUCUAUGGGCACAGAAAGUGUAAUUCAAGUUAGUUCAGAUGAGAAGCAGAGGGGGAAUCGAGAUGCUUCUGGUAAAUAACGCGUUAGAUCGUAUAAUAUUGUUUUAGAGAAGCAACAGUAGGAAAAGAAGAAUAGUCCUACAGCUCUAAAACAAACUUUAUUUUGAAAAACAAACGUGCCCGUACCAACACACACAAAGAGUUACACUUAACAUUUUAAGUACAUGAAACUGAAAAAAAAGUUCUAAAUUCACUGGAAACUAGAAAAGGCGAAGUAUGCUCCAGAAAGCGUGUAAUUUUUAUCUCCCCUAUUAAAGCGCAUAGUGCAGUUAUGAAACUGAAAAAUAUCGCAAUUUUUCUAGUGUCCUGACUGGUCCCAAUCAAGGGUAUUAGCUCAUAUGCCGUUUCACCCAAUAUGGAAAAUAGUACCGCUAAAUGUCACAAGCUGAGUUUCUUUUUUGGCUGCAGUCGAACGCUUGUUUCGAGCAACGAAAAAGAAGUAAAUAAAUAUUAAUCAAUUCCAUCUCUUCUAAUCAAACCAUGUAACUAGGUUUUUCAUGGAAAUCUUGUUUCCCAGUAAUAAGCCUGGAAAAAGGAUUAUAUGCAAACAAUUUCUUGUCAAAUCGUGGUCAGUAGUCGAAGAAUGAAGAAGAAGGAAAAGUUUCUAUAUCAUGUAAGGGACCUUUACUAGGAGCGAAUUCCCAUCCUGUGCGCUUCUCAUUGAUUAGUGUGUUUUUUUAAUACUUUCUGUAGGAAGCAAAGAGAAAUUAACAGAGGACACUACACCCAACAGUCACUGUAACAACGGAAGUAGAACAUAUUUAAAUGGACACAUGAAGUCAAUGGAAGACAAAACUGGAAAAAAUUAUGUAAACUCUAGGAAUAGCUUUUACCAAGAGCAAUCACACAAACAUUCACCAAUCCACACAAUCCAAGUCACUCAUUUUGGAGUUGACAAGAACUCCAAUAUAAACACAGCAACGUUGAAAUCACCAAUUUUGACCGACAACCAUAGAUCAAAAUCUCCCUCCGUUUUCUUGCCAUUUUCACCCAGGAGUAGUUCGUUUAUUGAAAGGGUUCGGAGGACAUCAGCGCCAGAGCGGAAGCUGCGAUCUCAGUCACUUUCAAAGGACGAUGGUUCACUAGACGCGCCCCUUUCAAGCUGUAUUGAAAGUAUUUCAAAGAAAACAAAGCCAAAAAACUACGAUUCAACAAAGAAACAACGUGGUACUGAUCUAAGAACUGGGGCAUUGUUUGACAUUCGGAGAACUAAAGCUGAUGAAGAGCUGUCAUUGGACUUCUCUCCAUACCUUGGUAAAUGUAGGAGCUUCGAAUCAGUAUUAAGCAGCAGCGACCAACGCAGGUUAGAUGAGCCAGAGUUCAAGGAUCUUAUCGUAUCACCUCGUCGGGGACGUUCAUAUACUGUCAACGAUGAACUUUCUCAAGGGCUUUGCAACCACAGCUAUUCUGAAUCUGAUCUCACCUCUACUUCCCCAGAGACAGUUUUCCUGACUGAAACCCCCUCAUCUCGAGGACACAAGGCAUCACACACAACUGGAGCACAAGGUAAGAAUCUCAGAGAGCAAUGCAACGUUCAGCUUAAAGAUCCCUGUAUAUAAGGGCGACAUAAACUUCACGUUACCUCAGUUCUGAAAAGAAAAGAGGUCCUUUCUGGCCUUUCCUUUUGGGCAUUGACAACCCGAGGUAUCAGGAGAGGUUAUCCAUAACAUGAAUUAGUGAGUCUCUGGCACCGUAAAGCAUGCAUAUGCACCGUUUCUUCCUCCUAUAUGCAUAUUAUUUGUAAGCAACUAUUGAACCAAUUCAUUCUCCUCUAGCCAUGGCGGCCAAUCAUUCUCAGUUCAGUUACUCGAUUUCUUACUUUGUAAUUUUCAGGGGAUGCAAAAAGAUAUCAAAGCGGAGAACAAAUUCCACAAAACAUACUACCCUCACCAGACAGGAUUUACAGACAACUCAGCGAUUUGAAUAAAGAAGAACUUGCCGAAGAGUUCUUCUGUUGAGUUAUGAAAAAAAUCAGUUGACUGUCAAACCUUCACAGGCCAAUAUGGCCUUUUUAACAAAAAAGUGAAUGAAUUCUACUUUUCUUUCGCCUACGGCAUUUCUUGAUAUGAAGGAACACUGUGCUUCUGGAAUUUUCAGAAUUUUCUCUCUAGUUUGGUUGUUUUCUGGUUUCGCCUUUCGUUUCAGAAAUGGAAACAGCUGUUCAUCAUUAGCAUAAUUAAACAUAUUAGUUAAUAAAAGAUGGAUUUUUUAGCCG